CAACUAUAGUGAUUAGUAACCACUAAACCAGAAAAAAACAAGUGACCCAUUACACAGGGAUUAAAAAUACUACCGAAUAAAGCCCAAUAGGCCCAAUUCAAAAGCGUCUCUCUAUCAUCGUCUCUCCAAACCCCAUAAAUUGGAUAUUUCCUUUCUCUAAAAAUUUGGCUUUAUUAACAGACGCACUCCAAAGCUAACGUUGCUUUCUUCCCACUCCAAAUGGCUCUUGUGCUCUCAGAACACACACAGAUAUAAUAAACUCUUAACGAAGAAGAAGACUUUUUCUUUUCUUGAGCAAGCUCUGAGAAACUCACAGAGAGGGACAGAGAGAGAAAUAUUUCAUUCGCUACUCUCUUUAAUACCGCCAUUGAUGCAACCUCCUUCGCGUUAACUGUCAAAAUACUCCCCAACUGACAAAAAUUAAAUUCCUUUUUUUCUCUCUCGAUUUUAAAAGCUCUAAAAGGAACGAGUUGAUCAAGUCGGUCGGUUCUGGUUAUCACUGAAUUUCAUUCAACUCGGUUUAUUCCGGUUUAAGUGUGAUUUUCCCGGCUAAUGGAUCUGACCCAAGGUUUCAGAGCUAGAUCCGGCGUUGUUGGGCCGGUGGCCGGACUAGAAUCUCUCAAUUUCAGCGACGAAUUUCGGCACUUAGUGACGACGAUGCCUCCGGAGACUACUGGCGGCUCCUUCACGGCUUUACUCGAGAUGCCUGUGACUCAGGCCAUGGAGCUUCUCCAUUUCCCAGAUUCAUCGUCUUCUCAGGCCAGAACCGUUACCAGUGGUGAUAUUUCUCCUACCACUCUUCACCCUUUCGGGGCUUUGACUUUUCCUUCUAACUCGCUUCUCUUGGACCGCGCCGCUCGUUUCUCGGUGAUUGCUACAGAGCAAAACGGUAAUUUUUCCGGCGAGACUGCUAACUCUUUACCUUCUAAUCCCGGCGCGAAUCUGGACAGAGUCAAAGCCGAGCCUGCUGAGACCGAUUCAAUGGUGGAGAAUCAGAACCAGAGCUACUCUUCUGGAAAAAGGAAAGAACGCGAGAAGAAGGUCAAAAGCUCGACGAAGAAGAACAAGAGCUCCGUGGAGUCAGACAAGUUGCCAUAUGUUCAUGUCAGAGCUCGUCGUGGUCAAGCUACUGAUAACCAUAGCUUAGCAGAGAGAGCAAGAAGGGAGAAGAUAAACGCACGAAUGAAGCUGCUACAGGAACUGGUCCCAGGCUGUGAUAAGGUUUGUCUUUAGAUAAUUGACCUUUUAAUCAAAAAGCUAAUCAAUAAUUAGAUCUUCAUUUGUGCUUAAAGACAGAAUCUUUCUUUAUUAAGACCAACCCCCAAAAAGUGAUUUUUUUUCUAUAAUUUGAUCAUGUGGUUUGAUAAGGGUUUAGUGCUAAAUUCCUCUUAUAUGAAAAAGGUUUUGUGGUGUGACAAAGAACAAAACCACUAGUUUGGUAAUUUCACUGCCUUGAAGAUAUGUAAACUUUAUUUUCGUGUGGGGAAGAAUAUCUCACGGGUCACAACCAUUUAGGUAAACUAGUAGUAGUAAUACGGAAGUGAUGUGACAUUGCUCAAUAGAUUCUUGUUUCUUCUUCCCAAAGUGUAUUCAUUUGAGCUUGAAGCUUACUCCAUAAAUGCCGAUAAUGGAUUAUAUGAUGUGGGAAUGCUAGCUGGACUGUUCCCUUAAGGUUUUGGGUAGAGGGGACAGAUUUUGGUGGAUAGAUCAAGGUCAGACUGUGUUUUGGGGUCCAUCUUUUGAUAAUAAGUGGCAAAAGUUGCAGGCUUUCUAUGGAGGGUGAGGAGUGUAGUAUCGUCUCUAAUAAGUUUGGUAUCUAUCAAGUAGAAAGAGGGUGAGGAGUGUAGUAUCGUCACUAAUAUUGUUAUAUGCUUUGAGUCCCACAAUACCUAAUUGGUUGGAUACAUGAUGUGACACUCCUGCAGACAGCUAACUAAUCCAUAGAUAUCUUGGAAUUUAGCUGCAAUUAUUGGUGGAAGGAGAUGAUGAUAAGUGACAACUCUUUAAGAGUUUGUCAAAUUUGUGGGGUUUUGGGACUUGAUUGUUUGUUUCAUGAAAUCCUGAGAAAUCCUGAAUCCAUGUUUGUAAACUACAGAUGUUGCUCUGAUUCGCUUUUCUGGCAUAUUAUCUUGAAAAGAGUAGAGUUGUUGAUUUUAUAGAAGCCGUUAUACAUAUGCAACUUAGGAUUAAGGCUCAUUUUCACACUGCUUCGUUAACCACAUAUAUUUCUAAAAACUAUGCCUUGUUCUUCUUUCUUUCUGACUGACCAGAAAGCUUUGGCCUGCAGAUUCAGGGCACUGCAUUGGUUCUGGAUGAAAUCAUUAACCAUGUGCAAACUUUACAGCGUCAAGUGGAGAUGCUAUCUAUGAGACUUGCUGCAGUAAACCCCAGAAUCGACUUCAAUCUAGACAGCAUACUGGCUUCAGAGGUAAGUAUCAACUAAUCAUAUAGGAGAAUUAAGGUUGCAUGUGAUCUUCUUUUACAAUAAAAACUCUUAAAUUCAAUGUUCACUGGGAAAAACUUCCCUUUGACCAUGUUACUCGUUUAAGUAACCAUAGGGAUUAUGUUUCUUUGAGUAACCUUUUUAAGUUGUAUCACAAAAAGAGAAACUUUUGGAUAUUUAUUGAUCCAACAUUAAUCGACCCUAUUCUAGACUAGGCUUAAAGAAGAAGAACAACGUGGGGGAAAUAAAUACUUAGACCUUACAAAAAUGCAGUACAAACAGUGAGAUCAAGGACUCUAAAAAAUCUUUUGAAAGGACUCAUUAGUUCUCUCAAUUAUAUCAUACAGAGAGAUAAAAGUGGUCAGAAACACGGACCACCUUUGUUCUAUGGUCUAUGAUGCUGUCUUUUUUUUUUAUCCUUGCACAAUUAUUUUUCUGUGGGUCUCAGUCUUAAGUUAUUGUUGCUUCAAGUUUCACCUAUCUAAUCUAAUAAUCAACUUUUGUUUCUCUGCAAAUAACUUUCUUAUUAAAUGACCUUCUUCUUUUACAGCUUGUACACCAUUUAAGAACCAGACCCCACUCAUUAAAAACCUUGUUCUUCUAGGAUGAGUUACAGUAAAAUAGAGCUGGCUUGUUGACUAGAUUGAGAAUCUAGGAUGUUGGAUCAAUCAUCUCUAAGAGAAGCUGAUAUGUUUUACAAAUUGUGUUAAUAAUGAUGAGGUCCAAUUAUCUUUUCUGCAGAACGGCUCUCUUAUGGAUGGUAGCUUCAAUGCAGAGUCUUAUCAUCAGCUGCAACAAUGGCCUUUCGACGGCUACCACCAGCCGGAAUGGGGAAGAGAAGAAGAUCAUCAUCAAGCCAAUUUCUCAAUGGGUUCAGCUACUUUACACCCAAAUCAGGUGAAAAUGGAGCUCUAAGUUGGAAACAGUUUGACAUGCUUAUGUGUAUAUAUAAGAGUUAUAUAUAUCUACUAAAGUUUCGAUUGUUGAAUUAGAGGUAGAAAAUGGUUAUGAUUGUUUCAGGUCUUUGUUCAUGGCCUUUCUAUAUUUACUAGAUUCCUCAAUGUAGAAUUCAGAAUGUCUAAAUUGCGUUUCCCUUGAGAGAAGUAUAUGAAGAUUUGAUAUGUUACUGAGC